ACCAACAAGUAGUCGAUUGUUUGGCUGCCGGAUGCUCGGCUGUUUUACUUCAGUUACUUGCAAUUCUCAUUCUAGCCUGGCUGGACACGCUGCAGGCUCUGUUUACCCAUAAGCACCGUUUUGGACGCGACCUUAUUUCUGCAUCAGUUCGAUCUUUCAGCGCUGUGGGGCGCAGUUUGGCGGGAGUCGGGUCGUGUCAGGGCACGCCCCACCCACACCGGCGCAACAGCCACGCCUGGGCUCCUACUCGUGCACCGCUCCGCAAUUGUGUGACCAAGGAAACAACGUUGAAUCCUUGGAGCCUUCAGUACAUCGCAGAACAGCACUGUGCAGCGAGGGCCGUUGCACGACACGACAUCCUGAGGGACGCGAAAUCCUGAAUUGUUUCCACCAGCACCGACAGCUAUCUGCGGCUACACGGCGCAAUGAUGGGGGCCUGAGGUGAAGCCGCGACCCGGAGACCCCAGGGCGUGCCAGUCCGGGCCCCGCCCGAACCCAAUCCAUUGGGGUGGAGCAGCAGCCGUCAUGUCGCAGGGCGGCGACGCCGGCCGGGCGGCUGUGGAGUGGAACGGCCAGGUGUCUUCUCCCAGCCACCACCUGUUCAUCAACGCCUCCCCCGAGCCCCUCACACUCACCUGGGGCCCGCGACUGCUGCUGCGGCCGCCGCCGCCGCCGCCCACAGCCGGUCCCGUGGCCGGGGCCGCGGGAGAAGCAGCCGCGGGCGGCGAGGCCGGCGCGGCGGGCGGCGGGGCGGGGGACGUGGAGACGCCGCACCCGGAGCCGGUGGCGCCGCACGGGGGCGUGCUGUUCGUGGGCACGUACGAGUUCCACACCUGGCGCGUGCGCAGUGCCAGUCGCGGCCUCAUCUGCGCGCACGACGGCCCGCCAUCGGUGGUGGAGGUGACGGCGGCAGGAGACUACAUCAUCUCCCCCUACACGCCUGAGCGCCACCAGAGGGCCAUAGCGGCCGCCGCUGCUGCUACAGCCGAGGACGGAGCCGCGGCGGCAGGGGCUGCUGCAGCUGUAGCUGCUGCUGGUGCCGCUGCUGCUACUGCUAGUGCCGUGGGUGCUACAGCCGCAAUCCCGCCUGCCGCUUGCGAGGGACUGGAAUUAUCCAGCCUGCAGCAGCAGCAGGCGGGGCGGCAGCAGCAGGCGGGCAGUGCGGAGGAGGGGCAGCAGGGGCAGCAGCAGCAGCAGGCGCAGCAGGAGCAGCAGCAGCAUGUGUUUGUGAACCUGCUGCCGGCAACACCAGGGGCGGGGCAGGAGGGGGCGGGGCAGGAGGAGCGGGCGGGGCAGGAGGAGGGGGCGGGGCGGCGGCGGUGGCUGUGGCUCAGCUGGGGCGAUGCGGAGGGGCGCCACGACACGCCACACCCGGUCCCCGUUCCGCCGGUCGGGGGCUGCGUGUCCGUGGGCGCGUCUGACGCGGUGACGUGGCGUGUGCGCACCGCCCCUCCGCCGCAGCCCGGCCGCCUGGUCGCGUCCCACUCGGGCCCGCCCUCCAUCGUGGUGAUCGGCGCCGCCGGCGAUGACACCGAUGCGGCGGGUACGGCGGCGGCGGUUAUAACGGUUUCGGUUGAGCCGUACUCCGUCGCCCGCCACACCCAUUGGCUGUACCCGCACCUGCGGCCGCACCCGCUGCAGCCGCCAGCAGCAGCCGCCACCGCUGCCGCCGCGUCACACCCGUCACACAUUCAAGCACACACGCCCGCCCAGCAGCAGCAACCAGGCUCAAUGCACCCGCACCCGCACCCGCACCCGCACCCGCAACAGCAACAGCAACAGCUGCCGCCGCCGCCACCGGAUUCGCCGCUGGUGCCCGCUGCAGCGGCGGCGCCGCCCCUCGCCGGCGGCGCCUCCUCCCCCGCCUACGCGCUGGGCCACGUGUCUUCCCGACACGCUGCUACAGCCGGCACCGGCACCAGGGCCGCCGCUGCUACAGCCGCCGCUGCUACAGCCUCUGCGCCGGCGCCGCUGUCUGCUGCUGCCAGCGGCGCCACGUUGCACAAGGACUUGCACACAGUGGAGUGGAAGGGCCAGGUGUCCGCCUCCAGCUACCACCUGUUUGUGAACGACACGCGGGAGCCGCUGCAGCUGAGCUGGGGCGACGGAGCGGGGCACACGGAGGUGCCACACGGCCACAUACCGCCGUGCGGGAACCUGUUCGUGGGCACGUACGAGUUCCACACCUGGCGAGUGCGAAGUGCCAGUCGCGGCCUCAUCUGCGCGCACACAGGCCCCUCCGCCAUCGUGACGAUCACGCCCCACGGCGCCUCAACCCACCUCAACACAACCACCGGCGCACCGCCGCCGCCGCCGUCGCGUUCAGCACCAUUGGCGGCGGCGGCGUCUUCUUCCGCAGGCGGCGGUGGCGGCGGCGGCGGCCGCCGCGGCCGCGCGGUUGCUGUGGCGGCUGCUGUGGCGGCGGCGGCGGCGGCGACGGAGCCGGGGUACAGGCAGCGAGGGGAGGUGCUCGGCAUGCCCAUAUGGGCCUUUGACUGCGUGUCCGACGCCGCGGUGGCGCGGCUGUCCCACGUGGUGGGGCGCAUGCUGGCGGCGGCGCCCGGCGGCGCGGCGGCGGCGGCGGCGCGGCUGCGGGCGGGCGGCGCGGGGUUCGCGGUGUUCGGGCGCAAGCAGGUCGUGAGCGACGUGCCCGCGCACCGCCUCAUGCGCUACAACGCGGGCCGCCACCUGGACACCAGCGCGCGCGGCCUGGGCGCCACACCCGCCAUUCCCGUGACCAGCUGCGGCGAGGAGAACCUGACCAUGGUGAAGGACCGCUGGUACCCCUGCCAGUCCAUCCUGGUGCAUGAGGCCCACAACUGGUACCCCUGCCAGUCCAUCCUGGUGCACGAGGUUGGACAUGCCGUACACAACCUCGGACUGAUGGCGGCGCAAGUGGCGGGCGUGAUGGCGGCGUACACCAGCGCCAUGGAG